GCCGCCGCCGCUGCAUCCUACCUCUGACUCUGUUUUGUCUCUUUUUCUCUUGACUCUUUCACUCCACAGAGACAAAACGGGGUAAAACAAGGGGAGGAAAGAGAGGAAAAGUGGCCGCUACAGGGCGAACCACAACAAUGCCCCGGUCCUGACUAAAAUUGAAUGGAUUAGCCAAUCUAUUCUGAGCUCUAAUGAGAUUAGAGAGUCAGCGCAGACAUGGGUCGUGGCGGCGUGGUACCUUUCGUUGAGCUCCUCGGGGAACAUUUUCCCUGUCAGCAGUCCUCCAGACGUGGAAAUGGCGUUUUUGAUGCUGAAGAUGCCGCGGGUACCAGGGGACAAUAACAGACAUUUGAAUGCACGCUCACCUGUGCCGCUUUUGUGGCGCGCGGAUUCCUAGAAGUAGAAGUAGUAGUAGAAGUAGCAGCAGUAGUAGUAGUAGUAGCGGUGGUGGUAGUAGUAAAGGAGGACAAAAUGAAGUACCAGAAAUAUAUCACGGUGAUGCAGAUGGCCAUGGGAGUGACAGCCUCCAACAAAGACUGCCUCCCCACUAAGAGACAGCUGUGGGUGACCCCGCCAGAUGGAGAGACAUCCCCCUCAGGUGCUCCUGGGUGUUCAGAUGAGCCUCUAGGUGCUACCGGUGGCGCUGGUGCUAUGGCAAUGUCCGCCACCUCCACCCUCUUGUUGCCCGUGAGCCAGGGUAAACCUUCCCUGCGUCGCAUCAAAGGCCGCAUUCACCGUAGCAAGAGCCUGGACAGCAUUGAUCUGCUCGACUCCAAUAGUGCAGCGAUGGAGGAAACGGUCAUAUGGGAACAGCACACAGUGACCCUUCACAGGGCCCCAGGAUUUGGGUUUGGUAUUGCCAUCUCAGGUGGGCGAGACAACCCUCAUUUCCAAAGUGGAGAGACAUCCAUCGUGAUAUCUGAUGUUUUGAAAGGAGGUCCUGCGGAGGGACUGCUGCAAGAAAAUGAUCGAGUGGUGAUGGUCAACGCAGUCUCUAUGGACAACGUAGAGCAUGCGUACGCUGUGCAGCAACUCCGCAAGAGUGGAAAAAAUGCAAAGAUAACUAUCCGUAGGAAAAGGAAAGUGCAGAUCCCUGUUUCUCGGCCAGGGGACAGAGAAACAAUGUCAGAGCACGAGGAAGAGGAUAGUGAUGAGGAUGAUGGCUAUGAGCACCACAGCGGUCGUGGUGGCCAAAGUGCCUAUGGAGGAGCAAGCGGAGGCACGGGCCCUGGCAGGCGUCACGAGCGUGAACGUAGCAACAGCAGCAGACGGGAUCACAGUGCCUCGCGGGAGAGGAGCAUCUCACCACGCUCCGAUCGCCGAUCACAAGCCUCUUCUGCUCCACCCAGGCCUUCUAAGGUCACCCUUGUCAAGUCCCGCAAAAAUGAAGCAGAAUAUGGACUGCGUUUGGCCAGCCAUAUCUUUGUAAAGGAUAUCUCUCCUGAGAGCCUUGCUGCCAGAGAUGGAAACAUCCAGGAGGGAGAUGUUGUACUGAAGAUCAAUGGCACAGUUACAGAGAACCUAUCACUGAUAGAUGCCAAGAAGCUGAUUGAGAGGUCAAAGGGCAAGUUGAAGAUGGUGGUGCAGAGAGAUGAGAGAGCCACGCUGCUCAACAUUCCUGACCUUGAUGACAGCAUCCCAUCAGCCAAUAACUCCGACAGAGAUGACAUUUCAGAAAUACAUUCACUGACAUCAGACCAUUCCAAUCGAUCCCACGGGCGAGGCAGUCGAUCACGUUCGCCUGACAAGUCUGAGCCAUCGGACCAUCUCCGUCACUCACCUCGGCAGAUCAGUAAUGGCAGCCACCGAAGUCGAGAUGAGGAUCGUCUGUCCAAACCAGGGGCCAUAUCUACACCAGUCAAAAGCUCUGAUGAUGGUGUCUUGUCACAGGCCAGUGACCAAGCCAGCUCCAGAGAUGACAAACUGUUACCUCCGCUGCCUGAACCAAAGCCAGUUUAUGCACAGCCUGGUCAGCCUGAUGUGGACCUGCCUGUCAGCCCCUCUGAUGCCCCUGUACCCAGCGCCGGUCAUGACGACAGCAUUCUCAGGCCAAGUAUGAAGCUGGUCAAGUUCAAGAAGGGAGAGAGUGUCGGUCUGCGGUUAGCCGGAGGGAACGACGUGGGAAUUUUUGUGGCAGGAGUUUUGGAGGACAGUCCUGCAGCCAAGGAGGGGCUGGAGGAGGGAGACCAGAUUCUCAGGGUGAACAAUGUGGACUUUGCUAACAUCAUUAGGGAGGAGGCUGUGCUGUUUCUGCUGGAUCUUCCAAGAGGAGAGGAAGUUACAAUCCUGGCUCAGAAGAAGAAGGAUGUAUAUCGGAGGAUAGUGGAAUCGGAUGUGGGCGACUCCUUCUACAUCCGCACACAUUUCGAAUAUGAAAAAGAGUCACCGUACGGGCUGAGCUUUAACAAAGGCGAGGUGUUCCGUGUGGUAGAUACUCUGUACAACGGCAAACUAGGCUCCUGGCUCGCGAUUCGUAUCGGCAAGAACCAUCAGGAAGUGGAAAGGGGCAUCAUCCCCAACAAGAACAGGGCUGAGCAGCUUUCCAGUGUGCAGUACACCCUUCCCAAAACCCCAGGGGGCGAUAGAGCAGAUUUCUGGCGAUUCCGUGGAUUGCGAAGCUCCAAGAGGAAUUUGCGGAAGAGCAGGGAGGACCUGUCAGCCCAGCCGGUUCAGACCAAGUUCCCUGCCUACGAGAGGGUGGUGCUGAGGGAAGCUGGGUUCCUGAGGCCUGUGGUCAUCUUUGGGCCAAUAGCAGAUGUGGCCAGAGAGAAACUGGCUAGGGAGGAGCCUGAUGUUUUUGAACUAGCAAAAACACAGCAACAACAAGGAGGGGAAAAGAGUGAACCAAGGGAUGCGGGAACUGACCAGAAAAGCUCCGGCAUCAUUCGCCUGCAUACCAUUAAACAGAUCAUUGACCGGGACAAACAUGCAGUGCUGGACAUCACCCCUAAUGCAGUGGACCGUCUGAACUACGCCCAGUGGUAUCCAAUUGUGGUGUUUCUCAACCCAGACACGAAGCAGGGUGUCAAGAACAUGAGGACCCGACUCUGCGCCGAGUCUCGGAAGAGCGCCAGGAAGCUUUAUGAACGUGCCCUCAAAUUAAGGAAGAACAACCACCACCUCUUCACUACAACCAUUAACUUGAACAGCAUGAAUGAUGGUUGGUUUGGAGCACUGAAGGAGAUAAUCCAGCAGCAGCAGAACCAGCUGGUGUGGGUUUCAGAGGGCAAGGCUGACGGGGCAGCUGAGGAUGACCUGGACAUCCAUGACGACCGUCUGUCCUACCUGUCGGCACCGGGCAGUGAGUAUUCCAUGUACAGCACCGACAGCCGCCACACCUCCGACUACGAGGACACGGACACGGAGGGUGGAGCCUACACCGACCAGGAGCUGGACGAAACACUGAAUGAUGAUGUGGGUCCACCUACGGAGCCUGCCAUCACCCGCUCCUCAGAGCCUGUCCGUGAGGACCCGCCUGUCAUCCAGGACCCCCCUGGCUACGCUGGCUACCAGCACACAGUGCAGCCGGACCCGCUGAACCGCAUCGACCCGGCUGGGUUCAAGGCACCAGCGCAGCAGCAGAAAGCAGAGGCCGCUGCCGUCCCUAGCAUCCCCCAGCAGCAUGAGCCCCUGGCUGAGACAGUGCCCCCUGCUGUCGACGUUACUGUAAAAACUGUAGGGGGUCUGAGCCCUGACGAGGCUCCUGCAUCUCCCCAAAGCCAGCCAAGCCCCAUCCCAGAGGCUGGUUCACUUAGGAGGCCCACCCCUGAGCUAGCCCCACAGAGCAUCACACCAGAACCUCUACAGUCUGGACUGGCCAGUUCAGAACCAAAGAUGUUUCAGAAGGAUCCAUACAGCACAGACAACACAGGGAGAAUUGGUCACAGCAUGAAGCCUGUGACUUACAACCCUCAGCAGGGAUAUCACGCUGACCAGCAGCCAUACAGAGAUUACGACCACCCACCUAGUCGGUAUGAUGUCAGCAGCAGUGGAGUCAGCAGCGGAGGUGGUUACCCAGAACCAAAGUACCGUAACUUUGACUCUCAUGCACCCUACGAGAACAGUGUGCCUCACUACGACCAGCAGCAGUGGAACCCCUACAACCAGCCACUCUCCACUGCCAACUCCCAGGGCUUCGAUCCCCGUUUGCCAUACGGUGAUGGCCCUGAGUCCCAGUACACCCCUCCGCUCCGCUACGACGAGCCUCCACCUCAGCAGGGAUUCGACGGACGGCCUCGCUACGGUAAACCAACAGGUCCAGCGCCUGUCCGUUACGAUGAUCCCCCACCUCCUGCUCCAGCGCAUGAUCUGCACUACGACCAGGAUUCUCACCUGACCACGUACCCCCCAGCUGCCCGCUCCCCAGACCCCGCUGCCCAGCGGCCUGCCUAUAACCAGGGACCAGCACCGCAGCAAAAAGGCUUCAAACCUCAGCAGUAUGACCCUGCUCCUGUGAACUCUGAAACCAGCCCCACCCCACCUCCCAAAGCAGAGGCCCCCUCACCUUCUCCCACGGAUGCUCUAAAGCCUGUCGCUGCCAGAGAAGAGCAACAGGAGGACGACCCCGCCAUGCGGCCACAGUCUGUCCUGACGAGGGUCAAGAUGUUUGAGAACAAACGCUCCGUGUCCAUGGACCGAGCCAGAGAUGCAGGGGAUUCAUCUGGGAACAGGGCUGCUGAUUUACCCUUGAAAGCAGGAGGAGUAAUCCCCAAAGCUAAUUCUCUGAGCAACCUGGAUCAAGAGAAAACCUUUAGAGCCCCAGAGCCUCAGAAGCCUCAGUCCAAAGUAGCUGAUGACAUUGUGCGUUCCAACCAUUAUGACCCUGAUGAGGACGAGGACUUCUACAGGAAACAGCUCUCUUACUUCGACAGGCUCCAGGCUGGCCCCAACAAACCCCAACCACAAGCACAAACAACCCACAGCUACCCCAGGUCAGAGUCUGUGGAGAAACCAAGUCCAGUGGAGAAAAGAUAUGAGCCAGUUUCCCAGGUGACGCCUUCUCUGCCACCAGCCACACUGCCCAAACCCUCACCUGAAGCCAAGCCUCCCGCCCGAGAGGACACAGUUCAGACCAAUUUCCUGCCUCACAAAAGUUUCCCUGAGAAGUCUCCGGUUAAUGGCACUAGUGAACAGCCUCCAAAAACUGUCACUAGCACCGGGGCUCCACCAGCAUCCAGCUACAACCGCUAUGUGCCCAAGCCCUACACCACCUCUGCCAGGCCUUUUGAGCGCAAGUUCGACAGCCCUAAAUUCAACCACAACCUUCUGCCCAAUGACAAACCAGAGAUCGCUCCAAAGGGUCGUACCAGCCCGGUGAAGCCUCAGAUACCCCCACAGCCCCAGAACACAGACCCCGACAGCGGCCUGGACACUUUCACACGCACUAUGGACCACCGCUCCAAAUACCAGCACAAUAACAUCAACGCUGUGCCCAAGGCCAUCCCUGUGAGCCCCAGUGCCCUGGACGAUGACGAUGAUGAAGAUGAGGGCCACACAGUGGUUGCAACCGCUCGGGGUAUCUUCAACAGUAACGGUGGCGUCCUGAGCUCCAUUGAGACAGGCGUUAGCAUCAUUAUCCCACAGGGAGCCAUCCCUGACGGCGUGGAGCAGGAGAUCUACUUCAAGGUCUGCCGAGACAACAGCAUCCUGCCGCCACUCGACAAGGAGAAAGGAGAGACCCUGCUCAGCCCGCUGGUGAUGUGUGGACCUCAUGGCCUCAAGUUUUUGAAGCCUGUGGAGCUACGCUUACCUCACUGUGCGUCAAUGACCCCUGAUGGUUGGUCUUUUGCUCUAAAAUCCUCCGACUCCUCGUCGGGUGACCCAAAAAGUUGGCAGAACAAGUCUCUCCCCGGCGACCCCAACUACCUGGUGGGAGCCAACUGUGUUUCUGUGCUCAUCGACCACUUUUAAAGACGGGCCAGCAGGUGUGAUGUUACUGAAUGUUGGAUCCAUGGGGUAAAAUGCCGAGGGAUGGACACACAUAAACACACAAACACACACACGCACACACACUGACUGAUGCACUCCAAACAAACCAUACACACCUCACUAAUGGAGUAUGAAGAAGAUCCAGUCAGUGCUGUUUACUGCGCCCAUGGAUGAAGGAGAGACACUGAUGAUCGUUGCAAACUUACCACCCCCCCCCCACACCACCACCACCUCCCCCCAAAUAUUGAAGUUUUGAUGUGAAAUGAAACCAUUGAUGCAUGCCCCAUGCCACUGAGGAUUUACACUCUAUAUAAGGCGAUGUUUAAUGUGAUUUUGACAUGAAUAUAAAUGGAUGGAUGGUUUUUGAAGUUGUGCAACCAGUGUACAUACUUUUAAAAAACCUGUGUCGGUAUAUUUAUGCUAUAUAUGCAUACAGUAUAUAUAGUAGUAUAGAGAAAAUUUACUAAAAAUUUAUGAAGUCAACAUGUUAUUUUUCAGUUCAGGUGACUGAAUAUAAAUAUGUAUCUCCACGUUUUUUUUUUCUCCACUUAUUAAUGAAGGUUUGAGACAGAUGACGGUGACAUUUGCAAGUAUCUGUUGAAGGAAACAUCAGCUGGACAUGAACCCAAGCAGCGCACUUGUAGAAUCGUUCUUCCUUAAACUUCUUCCUUCCUUGCUUUUCUUACAGUAAUAUCUCAUAGCUUGAUUUCUUAUCGAGUACCACAUCUCUCCUUCCAGCCUGAGGGAGAUCUAUGCAUGUUCUUUACUCAGGUCCAGUAGCCUCCUCAGUUCCUUCUUUCACAUCUCAGUUUCUCUCUUUCUUUCUCUACUUCUCUCUCUCUCUCUCUCUCUUUUUCUUUCUGUCUCUCUCUGUGCACUCUUGCACUCACACACAAAUAAGCAGCGAUGCCUUAUCUGCAGAUUAUUCACUUUUCAUUAAGAAAAAAAAUAAGUUAUGAUAAAUUAUGGUAUAAUGUCAUUUUGUUUUGCCAUUUUUUUUGUGAACCCACUGUAUAAAUGAACUUGGGUUUAGCACACAAUAACGGUUGAUAAAGGAUAACAAAGGUAUGCUCUUCUUUUAUCUGCUAUGCAUUACUUUAAAAAAAAAAAAAAAAACAACAGAAAAGAAGUGGCUGUAAAUAAAGCUAGCAUAUUGCCUUGGUUCUUUUGUUUGUAAAUGAACUUUUUGUAAGUCUUUCUUUUUUGUAUAAAACUUAGAGAAAACAUGUUUUAAAAAGUGGAAGAAAGUGAACGUGGUUAUCUUUGUAUUCUGGAUAUACCCUCGAGCCUUGGAACUUGUAACCUGACAAUAAUUCAUCACACCUUUUCUACAAAUAUGUUCAAACUCAAUUACGGUCACAAAAAAAAAAGGUCUUUUUGUGGUUAUUUAAGGAUCAGGAAAGUGCUUGGGCUAAAAUACAUUUAAAACAUGUUCUUUUAAAAGGGUGUGCUCUCAAAGUGUCCCCCUCACCAAUUUGUGAUACUGGAUGCUGUAUUGUGUGCCCUUAAAUGUAUUUUUGUACUAAUAGACAAUAUAUUAUGUAUGGCACACCAGUACCAUUUUAUUUUUAGAUAUAACACGGCUUUAAUUGGAUAUUAGCUCUUCACGUGUGGCUGACUUUUUUUUUUCUCCUCUGCAACACAAUUUUAAGUAUACCACUGUAUUAAUAAAUAAAAUCAUUUUUAAAGUAAA